GCUCUCUGAGAUUGAGGCUGGGUCCGCAGGCCCCUCCAGGGCGGCACAGAUGAAUUCCUGCAUGACCAUCACAAGAUUAUUGCUGUUUGGGCUCUUUCUGUUUGCAGGGGCCUGGAGCUACAACCUGGAUGUACGGCACGUGAAGAGCUUCUCCUUGGCACACGCGGGGAGGCAUUUUGGGUAUCGAGUCCUGCAGGUUGGAAAUGAGAUUGUCGUGGGAGCACCAGGUGAGGGGAACAGCACUGGAAGCCUCUAUCAGUGCCAGCCAGGCAGGGGAUCCUGCAUACCAGUAAGCCUGAGAGGUUCCAAUUCUACUUCCAAGUAUUUGGGAAUGACCUUGGUGACAGACCCCACGGGUGGAAGCCUUUUGGCCUGUGAUCCUGGACUGUCUCGGACAUGUGACCAGAAUACCUAUCUCAGUGGCCUCUGUUACCUCUUCCCCCAGAAUCUGGAGGGACCUGUGCUGCAAGGGCAUCCUGCUUACCAGGAGUGUAUAAAAGGCAACGUGGACCUGGUAUUUCUGUUUGAUGGCUCAAGGAGCUUGGAUCAAGAUGAUUUUCAGAAAAUCUUGAACUUUAUGAAGGAUGUGAUGAAAAAACUCAGCAACUCUUCCUACCAGUUUGCUGCUGUUCAGUUUUCCACAUUACACAGAACAGAAUUUACCUUCUUGGAUUACAUUAAACGGAAGGACCCUGAUGCUCUGUUAGCCAACGUCACACACAUGGGGUAUCUGACCAACACUUUCAGUGCCAUCAACUAUGUCGCAACACAUGUGUUCAAACAAGAGCUUGGAGCCCGGCCAGAUGCCACCAAAGUGCUUGUGAUCAUCACUGACGGGGAGGCCACUGACAAUGGCAACAUUGAUGCCGCCCAAGGCAUUAUCCGCUAUAUCAUCGGGAUUGGAAGGCAUUUUGCGACCUCACAGAAACAGAAGACGCUCCAUGUAUUUGCCUCGAAACCUACUGAAGAGUUUGUCAAGAUUCUGGACACAUUUGAGAAGCUCAAGGAUCUAUUUACCGACUUGCAAAAGAAGAUCUAUGCCAUUGAGGGCACAAGCAAACAGGACCUAACGUCCUUCAACAUGGAACUGUCCUCCAGUGGCAUCAGCGCGGACCUCAGCAAGGGCCAUGCAGUUGUAGGGGCAGUUGGAGCCAAGGACUGGGCUGGUGGCUUUCUGGACCUGGACUCAGACCUGCAGGAUGUCAUGUUUGUUGGGAAUGAACCACUGAUCCCAGAAGUGAAAGCCAGCUAUCUGGGUUACACUGUGACCUGGCUGCCCUCCCAGGGGCCCACAUCACUGCUGGCAGCUGGAGCUCCACGCUACCAGCAUGUGGGACGAGUGCUGCUCUUCCAAGCACCAAAGAACAGAGGACACUGGAGCCAGGUUCAGACAAUAGAGGGGACCCAGAUUGGAUCUUAUUUUGGUGGUGAGCUAUGUGGCAUUGACCUGGACCAAGACAACGAGACAGAGCUGCUGUUGAUUGGUGCACCCCUGUUCUAUGGGGAGCAAAGAGGAGGCCGGGUGUUCAUCUACCAGAAAAAACAGAUGGUGUUCAAAAUGGUCUCAGAGCUGCAGGGCAACCCUGGCUACCCACUUGGACGGUUUGGAGCCGCCAUCACUGCCCUAACAGACAUCAAUGGGGAUGGGCUAAUGGAUGUGGCUGUGGGAGCCCCUCUAGAAGAACAGGGGGCCGUGUACAUCUUCAAUGGGCAGCCUGGUGGGCUCAGUCCCCAGCCAAGCCAGCGGAUAGAAGGGACCCAGGUGUUCCCCGGAAUCCAGUGGUUUGGACGUUCCAUCCAUGGGGUGAAGGACCUUGGAGGGGACAACUUGGCAGAUGUGGUUGUAGGAGCUGAAGGCCAGGUGAUUGUGCUGCGCUCCCGGCCAGUGGUAGAUAUUGCCACUGAGCUGUCCUUCUCUCCAGACGAGAUCCCAGUGCAUGAAGUGGAGUGUUCUUACUCAGCCAGUCACGAGAAGAAGGCAGGAGUCAACCUCACCGUGUGUUUUCAGAUCCUACCUCUCACGCUCCAGUUCCGAGGUCACCUGCUUGCCAACCUCACCUAUACCCUGCAGCUGGAUGGCCAUCGGACCAGGAGCCGGGGGCUGUUCCCAGGAGGGAGCUCCACGCUCAGCAGGAAUACAACUGUCACCCCACACAAAUCCUGCAUGAACUUCUGGUUUCACUUCCCAAUCUGCAUUCAAGACCUCAUCUCCCCUAUCAACGUCUCCCUGAAUUUCUCUCUUUUGGAGGAAGAAGGGACACCGAGGGACCAAGAUGUGCAGGACAGGAACAUGCAACCCAUCCUGGGACCCUCGCCACACUCAGAGACCAAAGAGAUCCCCUUUGAGAAGAACUGUGGUGAGGACAAGAAGUGUGAGGCAAACCUGGGGCUGUCGUCCCCUAACAGAUCCGUGGUCCUGCCUCUGACUUCCUCUGCCAGCCUUACUGUGGAGUGGAUGCUGAGCAACUCAGGAGAAGAUGCUUACUGGGUCCAACUGGGCCUGAGCUUCCCUCAAGGACUCUCUUUCCGAAAGGUGAAGGUGCUCAAGCCGCACAGCCAGAUACCUCUGAGCUGUGAGGAGCUUACUGAGGAGUCAAGACUCCAGACGAAGACCCUGGCAUGCAAUGUGAGCGCUCCCAUCUUCAGAGCAGGCCGAUCGGUCACCAUCCAGGUGGUGUUUAAUACACUGUUGAAUAGCUCCUGGGAGGAUUUUGUUGAGCUGAAUGCUACUGUGCACUGUGAGAAUGAGGACCCCAGCCUCCUGAAGGACAAUUCAGCCACCACCCGCAUCCCUGUCCUGUUCCCAGUCAACAUCCUUAUUGAGGACCAGGAGAACUCCACUCUCUAUAUCAGCUUCACUCCCAAAGGCCCCAAGAUCCAACAAGUCCAGCACAUCUACCAGGUGAGGAUUCAGCCUUCUGCCUAUGACCACAGUAUGCCCACACUGGAGGCCUUGGUUAGAGUGCCACAGCUUCACAGCAACGGCCUCAUUAAACACACAUGGACUGUGCAGAUGGAUCCUCCUGUCAUCUGCUACCAUGAGGACUUGAAGAUGCCACCCAGUGCAGCUGAGGAGCCUUGUCUUCCUGGAGCCCAGUUCCGCUGCCCAAUGGUCUUCAGGCAGGAGACCCUCAUCCAAGUGAUGGGGACUGUAGAGCUUCUGGAGGAGAUCAAGGCUUCCUCUAUGCUCAGCCUCUGCAGCUCACUCUCCAUCUCCUUCAACAGCAGCAAGCAUUUCUACCUGUAUGGCAGCAAGGCCUCCACCGCCCAGGUCCUCAUGAAGGUUGAUGUGGUAUAUGAGAAGGAGAUGCUCUAUCUGUAUGUGCUGAGUGGCAUCGGGGGACUUCUGCUGCUGCUGCUGAUUUUCCUAGCACUGUACAAGGUGGGCUUCUUCAAACGGAAUCUCAAGGAGAAGAUGGAGACUGAUGGCACUGAUGGCGCUGUUCUGAAUGGAAUCCCUGGAGAAGACCCCCAGCCUCUGGCAGCCUCUAGGGAAGAGGCCAAAGACAUGGGCUAUCUAGAGCCCCUACAGGGGAAUGAGGCCCAGGAUAGCAGUGACAAGGACUGAGGCUGAGGCGAUGCAGAGGGCGGGCCCCUGUAUUCAAGAUCUCUGGUGAUGAUCAGCUUCAGCCUGCAUUCUUUGUGUAUCCUCAUCCUCAGGCUCUCCCUAGGCCUGUUUCCCUGUCUUGAGCAGAGACUUCUUCCUACCUUCCUUACUGAAGGUAUACUGUAAGAAUCUACUGAAGGAUAGGCCAGGAAGUCCAGAGAGGUAACACACCGUAACUGUCAGUGGUCCUGUCUUCUGCUAGCUUGCACUGUGGUCUGUCCCCUGAGACUGACUCUGAUCUGCAUUUGGAAAAACUGUAGUCUCAGGACCCAGUGACCUCCAGCUCUCCUGUCUGCCCAGAUGCCUCAGAGUCCAGAAUCUGCCCCGGAGUCUACCCCGGACUCUGUGGCCAGACAGCAAACCCCACCUGUGUCACUGCACUGCUACUGCAGGUGUGGUGUUCUGUAGGGAAAACCAAUUUUUUUUUUUUUU